UAGCAAGCAGCACAGUCCCGUAUACUGUCUUGGAAGAUAACAAUGUAGCUUGCACAUGACAUAUUGUCAUUACCCUAAAAUGUAAUUAUUCGUAUUAUUACCAUAAUUAGAAAAAGUAUUGCAUCCGUAUUGCAAGCUCGAGGAUUCGCUUAGCCUAUACAUGAUAGAUUUUCGUAACUUUAGAAAUUACUUAUUUUAUAGUGGGCUCUAUGCAUGAAAAUAUCAGCCUGAAGACAACUAUCCAAAAUUCUUCAGUUAGCGUUGCUAAAUUAUUUUGAAGUAAGCAUGUGUAAGUAUUGAUAUUGUUCCAUCCAGGCGACAUGAGAUGACUGUCAACUUGGGAACCAGGGGUGUUUCGAGAUAUAUCAGAUUGAGAAAAUGUUGUUAAAAGGAUUCGUCUGAAAUAAGGCCUAUAAACCUGAGGACAAAUGACCAUGAGCGGCAGUAAUCACACUGUGCCGCUGGACCUGACCAACAAAAGAGAGAGUGGGAGCUGCGCACAAGGGACCGCGGGUGACCUAUCCCGUUGUAGACAUACCCCACAAAGACAGGUGGAAUCAGCUCAUAGCAGUGAACAAGGAUUAUCUCCCCCUGACAGUUUCGGACCUUCGUCAAUUUCGCAAUCGACUCAAAGAAACCACGGGGAUGUCAGGGGAAACAGGACGCUUGAGUAUCCCGGUCAAACCCGACCUUACACCCCUAACGUGAAGUCCACCGUCGAUCUGAAGGACUUUGGAAGAAAAUUGACUGACUCUUUUUCUAAGCUUCCGAUAAGGAAACGUCCUUACCCGCUUGACCAGGAUCACACCGGUCUAAGAAAUGUUCAGGCAGGACAGCACAACGAAAUCAAAGAAGAAAGAUGUGGACCACUGAAAGUGUUUAAGUUUGACGCGGGUCAUUUAAGUACAGAUGCGAAGAUUUUGACCAAAGCUUGUGGCAGUCCGAGCGUUAAUUACUCCCGGUUCGCCUCACCAUUUACACCGUGUUUCGUAGGCUAUCCAUACUUCCAGUGGUCUCAGCAGUAUUCCAGUCCACAUAAACCGAAUGCCAUGCCAGUUCCCACUCUCUCGCCUCCUCCUCUUCCACCAGAAAGCACAGAUCGGCUGCUGGCAGAUAUCGCUGCGGCAACACACCAAGAUGAAGACGGUGACACGCCUCUUCACAUUGCUGUGGUUAAGGAGAACAGAGAAUUGGUUGUCUGGCUUAUUGAAAUAUAUCGGCAGGCCCACAAAGACCUAGACAUUUUCAAUAACCUACAACAGACACCAUUGCACUUGGCUGUAAUCACCCAUCAGCCUGGUCUGGUGGAAGCUCUGUUGAAUGCAGGAGCUGAUCCUGACGCUCUCGACCGUAAUGGACAGACAGCGUUGCACCUGUGCUGUGAGCACGGAGAGGUCGACUGCCUUUCUGUAAUCCUCAAACACUACGCCCACGACUCCUCACACCACCUGGAGAUCAGGAACUAUGAGGGUCUGACUCCCCUCCACCUAGCUGUGCAGAAUGGAGAUAAAAAGUUGGCCAAAAUGUUAUUGGACAGCGGGGCUGAGUUCAACGCUGGGGAUAACAAGAGUGGCCGCAGUCCACUGAUACAUGCUGUAGAAAACAACUCUAAUGACAUGGUCAAUUUUCUGAUCGAGAGUGGGUGUAAUGUGAAUGCACAGUCGUACAGUGGGAACACAGCCUUGCACAGUGCCUGUGGCAGAGGUCAGAUAGAGAUUGUCAGGAUACUGCUGAAGAAUGGAGCUGAUAGUAGUGUAAAAAACAACCAUAAUGAUACCGCCAUCAUGGUGGCAAAAAACAAAAAGGUGUCUGACGUGCUGCGUGGGAAGGGCACUCGCAGCUACACUGUGAAAACGCUGUCUAACAGUAAUGGCUCUCCUGGCAGCUCAAAUCAUUCUCCACGGUUAACCCCCACUCUUCAGCGCAGCUCCUCACUUUCUCCUGUGGCUCCUGUUUCACACUCACCCCAAAUUAAUUCAGCAGAGAGCAUUUCAGAGCACCAAUCACUGAUGAGCAGCAAUGAAAAAACACUUGUGCAAACAUUACCAAGGACAUGCAAUAAUAUGGCCGCAGACAACAGGGAAAGCUACGGAAUGACACUCCAUACUUUCCCCUAUCGUCCACCAUCAGCCUAUGACCAAAUUAAGCCUUCUGUCUCUCACAUCCAGAGAAGGAUGAUAUUCCCAGGGUCUCCUCUUUACUAUGGCCCUGGUAUUCAAAGACAUCCCUAUUACUCAGAUUCACAGAUCAUCUUCUUCCCUGGGAUCCCUGUGCCGCUUUCGUAUGGCUCUCCCUCAGAGUGUACUGUUAACCAAUCAAGGCCGUCCAGUCACAGCAGUGACCAAUCAGAUAUGUCUUCUAUGAGUGUAAACAGUGAAGAAAGAGGAGUAAGUUGAUAAUGGCCAGAUGUGUAAGCAGCUGUGACAUGGCCAACUUAAGUGGUGUUGUUUGUAGAUGAAAACAUACUUACAGAUUAAUAGCAUGUAUGUGUAUCUAAGCAUUUUUCAAGUCUGUUCAUUUCGAAGUUAUGUCAAAUCAAUGACAUAAUUGUUUUAGUAUGUUUGCUAUACCAUAUAAGUGCCUUGCUAUAUUAUUGAAUUAAAAAAGGGAUACAAUAUUUUUCAUUUAAUUUUAUUCAUUACUAUUUUGGUUUGGACAGUGAUUAAACCAAUUGAAUUUAUUUGAAUUUGAAAAGCACACUGCAUUUCAAACAGCGAGGUCCUCAAAUGUCUUUUAUUACACACACAUCAUAGCCAAUAUAAAUCAAGCACAAUGGAACUAGAGAGAGAGAGAGAGAGAGAGAGAGAGAGAGAGAGAGAGAGAGAGAGAGAGAGAGAGAGAGAGAGAAAACACCAGUGCUGUGCUAUUAUCAACCAAAAAGCAUGUUGACAUGCUUUUGACACUUUGUUUUUUAAUGUGCAUGGUGAAAAUAUUGUUUAUGUAAAAAAAUCCCAACAUUUUGACAGCUACUUUUAUUCUAAUGGACAAAAACUUUAAA